AUGCCUCCUGCACGACCAGCGAUCCUGAACGGCUUGCAGGGAGCUGCACUGCAGGUUGUAAAGGAUCACUUCGGAGCAGCGAGCGAGAGCGUCUGCGCAGCCCUCAUACGCAGAUCGCAACGGACGCUCAAGGAGCUGCAAGCUGACACAGAGCUGGGGAGCGCUGCCCUCAGGAACAACCUGCUUGUCCUAAUUCAACACAACCUGGUCUCGGUCACUGUUGACAGCACGUCGGCGGCGAGAGAGUGCCGUUACCACUUCGAGGUCGAGGAGGCCAGCCUGCGGCUCCGAUACCCCAAGUUUUGCACGCACAUCAAGUCGCAGGCAAGCAUGGAACACGCACGGGUGGCGUCCCAAGUGAUGGAGGCCAUCCUGGAGCAUGGCCGAGCUAGCAUGGCUCAGAUCAUCGAACACUGCAAGUAUGGAGACGAGGAGAUCAGUGAGGACAAGCUGGUGAAAGCUGGGAACCUGUUGAUCCAAGAGAAGUACAUCGUCCGCGCGCAAUCGAACAUGGAGAGGGCCGACACUCCGGCCGUACUGUUCUCGCCCACGCAGAAGAAGACGGGCAAGAGGAAAGCAGGCUCGGCAGGCGAGGAGCGGGAAAGCAAGCUGGUGAAACUAGACAACGGAGCCGCAGGGAUCCCGCUGAAGGAAGAUGGAGCUCUGAAGGAGUCGAUCGACAACGAAGGGUCGACGUGGAGGGUCAACACCCCAGCCUUCCUCUGGGACUUCAGGACUGCGGCAAUAGCGCAGCUGAUGGAAGAUCGUUUCGGUCCUCAGACUGCCUCGCUCAUGAGGCUCCUCCUCCGCACUAUCCGAAACCGUGCCCUGCAGCCGGCUAACCUGGCCAACGGUUUCAUCCCCUCAGCUUCUGUGGAUGCUAUGCUGGAUGCGUCUGAGGGGAGGAAUGAGGAUCUGAAUGUAGUCCGCACUUGGGAGGUGCUGAGCGAGCAGCUCUCUGCUCUCUGCCAAGAUCCUGCGUUCAAGAGUGUCACGAAGCUGAUGGGAGGAGGAUCGGAGGGCUCCACGUUCAAGCCCGACAUCUCCUUGUUGAUGAUGGAGCUGCGACAACAGAUCCUCGAGAGCAUCGUUGAGAAGAAGUUUACGGCAAGGGGGAGGAGGAUAUUCCGCCUGCUCCUGGAGAGGAAGUACCUUGAGUCGAAGACGGUGUGGGACCUGAGCAUGGUUCCGAAGAAAGAUGCGAAUGACAUCCUGUGCAAGAUGCUGAAAGCGCAGUUCGUCCGGCUGCAAGAGGUUCCACGGACAAUCGAUCACAACACACAGCGGACUUUUUUCCUUUGGUACGUGGACCUCCCGAAAGUAUGCAGCAUUGUUGAGGAUGAGAUGUACAGAACGAUCAACUUCCUGCUGCUGAAGAGAGAAGAGAAGAAGCGCGAGUGCGAGAACUUCAUUGGAGUUGGAGGGGAGGUCUCCGACCUGACAGACAAGCAAAUGAAGAAGUAUCAGGCCCUUGUACAACAGAUGGAAAGAGUGAACACAGCGAUCUUACGCCUGGAUGAAACGAUAAUGGUAAUGGUGGAUGCGAACAAGAUUGAAGCCUUGGAAGAGACCCGCGCAAGAAUGGCUGCAAUGUGA